UCACAAAGCCACCGCGUGCCUCUGGCUGGGCCCAGGUCAGCUGCAGCCAGGGCCCCGCGACUGCCUCUGGGCAGAAUGGCACAGUCUCAGCCCAGCACUCCCGAGGACCUCUCUCUGUGCGACCACAAGCUUGGGCCAAGCGAUUUCAGCUGGGACUCCUACGCCACCACGAUGAAGACUGCAUUCACACCUAAAAUGGGAGCAGUGCCUGCUUUGAUGCGUAAAAAAAGUAUCAGAAGACUAGGAUAUACGUAUUCACUUAGUGACCCUAUGCCCAAUCAGACACAAUACAAUGAUGAGUAUGUUUGGAAAGCACGUUCCAAAGAAGUCUUGAUCAACCCUGGGAGUUCAAGAGGAGCCAGGAACCAAACGCCUGAGCCCAAACAAGGCUUUUUUACGUGGACACUACCUGAAAGUCAACAGAAGACAACAUUAAAGGUCUGCCCCCCUUGGACAAUCCCAGCCUCACUGGAAGAAGUUAAGAAAUCGAUAUCAAAUCAGUUUGUUUCCGUUACUCAGAGAGACUUUGUGGACCUAGCAGAAGCUCAUAAGAUUAGGGAAAAGCUCCAGAUGUCUCCAGAAUGGAAAAAGUGCCUUCCCCAACCUCCAGACACCGAAUUUCGACGGAAUUACCAAAUUCCAGCUAAAAUUCCUGAGCUUCAGGAUUUUAGUUUCAAAUACGGAUGCUACGCAAGCCUGCCGAUUGCGUCUAAGGGUCUGGUCCCGUCCGUGCUGCACAGCUACAUAAGGAACCAAGAGCGCACCAAGAAGCAGACCACGUACCAGAGCGACUACGAGAGAGCACAGCUGGAUUUCCUGACGCUUUGGGACUCCUUUACUCCCUCUCAAGUAGAAGAGUACCUUCAGAGUGUUUCCUACAAAGACAGACAAAUUCUGGAUCGCUUUAUUCGUUCUCACUGUGACACAGACAAAGGGAAGAAAUGAAAAAGGAAAAUAGUUCAAAUGAAGAUAAUCUGAGAAUUAAUGGAAGUGCUAAGUAAGACCUGCCUACGCAUCUUCUCAAUAAUCAAGAAAAAAUAAGCUGCAAAUUGCUCCAAAUAUAUUGCAAUAGUUACGAGUUUGUAUGUUUUGCUUUGUCUUAUUUUUAAAUAAUAAAAGCAUUUAAGGCUA